AUGAGAGUUGUUGUACAGAAAGUCAAAAAUGCCUCUGUCGCAGUUGACGAGAAAGUAAUAUCAUCAAUUGGCAAGGGUCUCAUGGUCUUGGUUGGUAUUUCAACAUCAGAUACCAAGGAUGACAUAUUAAAAUUAAGCAAGAAACUCCUUUCCUUGCGCAUAUUUGAAGACAUGACACAGCCGGCGGAGACAGCCACCAAAUGGUAUGGAAAACCAUGGAGCAAGUCUAUCGUUGAUAUUCAAGGAGAGAUUUUAUCAGUUUCUCAAUUCACGUUGUACGGAACAAUCAAAAAAGGAACAAAACCUGAUUUCCAUAAAGCAGCCAAAGGGGACGGUGCAAAAGAGUUAUACGAGAUGUUGUUGGAUGAAUUGAGGAAAGGAUUGGGUCAAGAAAAGGUUAAAGAUGGGGAAUUUGGGGCAAUGAUGGAUGUAGCAUUGGUAAAUGAUGGACCAGUUACAAUUGUUUGGGAUACACAGGAAAACACAUUAUAG